CAUGACAAAGCAACUGAAAAGCCUUUGCUGUCGCAACUCGGAGAAACCCUUUCCCCAAACCCCCAAAACAUCGCUUGCAAUUUCUAGGAGAAUGGAAAAUAGUAAUGACGAGGAGUCGACGACGACGAAUCCGUUGCCGCCGUUUCUGAGGAAGCUGUACGCGAUGGUGGACGACCCGGCGACCGACUCGGUGGUGUCGUGGAGCGACGGCAACAACAGCUUCGUGGUCUGGAACGCGCACGAGUUCGCCGCCAAGCUUCUGCCAAAGCACUUCAAGCACAAGAACUUGUCCAGCUUCAUCAGGCAAUUGAACACUUACGGUUUUAAGAAGGUUGACUCAGACCGUUAUGAAUUUGCUAAUGUGAAGUUUCUAAGAGGUCAAACACACCUUUUGAAGAGUAUCAGUAGGAGGAAACCAGUUCAUGUACCUGGUCAUCCACAACCACCUAAAGUGCAGAGCUCCUCGGUCGGGGCAUGUGUUGAGGUAGGGAAGUUUGGGCUGGAGCAAGAGGUUGAAAGACUUGAAAGGGACAAGAAUGUUCUCAUGCAGGAACUUGUUAGGUUGAGACAGCACCAGCAAGCAACUGAUCACCAGUUGCAGAAUGUGGGGCAACGUGUACAGGUAAUGGAGCAGAGACAGCAACAAAUGAUGUCUUUCCUUGCGAAGGCUAUGCAGAGUCCAGGCCUGCUUGCCCAGUUUGUACAGCAGCAGAAUGAAAACAAUAGGAACAUUACCGGAGCAAAUAAAAAAAGGAGACUCCCCGGGCAGGAAGAAGGUUCAGCUGGUGAGUGUUGCACAAAUGCUUCAGAUGGACGGAUUAUUAAGUACCAGCCUGCAAUGAAUGAGGCAGCUAAAGCAUUGCUGCGGCAGAUCUUGAAAAUGAAUGCAUCUCCUAGGAUGGAUCCAUUGAUGAACAACCCUGAUGCGUUCCUGAUUGGUGACGCUCCUUCUACCAAUGCAUUCAACAGCGGAAAUUCCUCGAGUCGAGUUUCGGGAGUAACCCUUUCCGAGGUCCCACCUAUUUCUGGGCAGUCAUAUAUGCCUGCAGAGUCACAAUUUUCCGUCAGCUGUCCAUCUACUGCCAUUUCUGAGAUUCAAUCUUCCUCUUAUCUGGUGCCUGAUCACACUAUAGCAGCUCAGUUCCUAAAAGUAAAUAAGCAUAAUUCUCAAGAAGAGACUAUUUUGCCUGACUUCACUGAAAUGCGAGGAAUCAUACCAGAAAACAGUGCAGAAUUCCCGGACAUGAACCUUGUGGGGUCUGAGACUGAGAACCGAAGUCCUGUGGAUCCGAUGUCUGCUGUUUUGGAUGAGACGAGGCCCAUAGAAAGUGAUGCUAUCUCUCCAGAAAGUAAUGUGGAAGCCUGGCUUGAAGACAUCACUUCACUUCCAGGCAUUAAUGAUAUUUUUUGGGAACAAUUCCUUACAGCAAGCCCGCUGACGGAGGACACAGAUGAAAUUCAUUCGAGUUCACUAGAGGGAGUGACUGAGGAUCAUGAACAGAUAGGAAAGAAGAAUGGUUGGGACAAGAUUCAUCAAAUGGAUCAUCUUACUGAACAGAUGGGGCUUCUUGCAUCGGAGAGCAGAAUGGGGUGACCUUCUUACCAAUUGUACAUGGAUGUUUCUUGGCAUGGAAAGAUUUGCAUUGCGGCUUGUUUUUUUACUGUCGUGGCAAGGAAUUUUGACUAGGAUGGCUAGAAUCUGCAGAGAUCUUACUGCGAUGGAAUUAUAUCAAAAUGCUUGUUGAUUGAAGCAUGCAUCACAGUACUCUGUAUAGGCCGAGAGUUUCAGCUGUUAUAGUCUUGAAACCUUGGAAUUGUGGCUUAGUUAUUCUUAUUUAUGUCAUUAAAUUGUGAGCACAGAUGGUAAGGGAUAGAGAUAAAGGAAAGAGGACAUGAAAAGCAAGCAAUUGUUGUGGUUUAGGGUUUUAAAGCUAUGCAAAGCACUGAAAAAUGUCUUAAAAAUUCAAAAUGUUCAAUUUCAGCUGCUAGUGGAAAAAUGUCUUAAACUACAAGGGGAGUGCUGGAAUUCUGCAUAUAUUGUUUACUUCUAUAUGCGUUGAGGCAUCGAUAAUUUGUUUAUAAAGCUUGUUCCCAGA